AUGGAAAAGCCUACAUUUCCUAGGAGGUUUUUCACCAAAGGUUCAGAUCCUGAAAGCGACAAAAGCAUCGGGUAUUACAGCAACAACACGAAGUUGUUCGCAGCUCUCACCACACUCUUGACCGAUGAUGAAUGGGCUGAGCUCGAGGAAUCUCCGCUCGGGGUAUUCUUCAGGUUCGUGAACAGCAAAUUCUCAUGGGCUUCAAUGAUUGUGAAGUGUAUGCUCAAUAUGCAAAUAGUGUGCAAGAAGCCCUUCGAGAUUUGGAGUGUGGUUGGCUCAAAUCCUGUAAGGUUUUCGUUGCACGAGUUUGAACACAUUACCGGUCUUAACUGCGAAUACAGAGAGAAUCUCAAGGCACCUCUGACUGCGGACAUAGAUGAGAAUGAAUUUUCUGAGUUUUGGGAGAAACUUGGUGUUCAUACCAAGUUUGGGCCUUCAGUUGAUAACCUCACCCGAGCAUGUGGGUGGGCCCAAGACUGGUCGAAAGAGGACAGAAAGAGGCUGGCUUAUUUAGCCGUCUAUGCUGGUUUCAUUGUUGGCGAGAGGCAAACUAUUGCCACACCGGUCGAGAUGGCAAAGCUAGUAAUGGAUCUUGAAGAGUUUGAAGGUUAUCCUUGGGGGAGAGUAGCUUUCUUGAAUCUCAUUGAAUCUGUAAAAUCUGCCAACCUCACCAAACACUACUACAUUAACGGUUUGUCGAAGUGCUACAAGUGUGGUCGUACUACGCAAUGCCUAGCUUCGGUCAGGACUUCGGUUAAUUUCAACCAUAUGAUCAUGGUGGACAGGGAUAAUGCUUACCCUAGGUGGGACAACGACGUCGACGAUGAACACAUCGAGAAUGUGAUGAAGGCUUUUUACGGAGAGCUCGGAGGGACCUGGAGAUGGAAGCCUUCCGACUGGAUAUCCGAAGGAGUAAUCGUCUUGGAUAAGGUGAAGGAAGAGAAGGGAAUUGACAAGAAGAGGCAUCUGGAUUCGGGUCUAGGGCCGUCAAAGAGACCAUGCCCUGCCUACGGGAUCGAUGGACAUACCUCGGGAGCUAGUUGGGAUACAUUCCAGUCCACUGUGGCUGCAAUGUUUGAACAGUUCAGUAAGCAGCAGACAGGUGAGAUCGGUCUCCGUUUCGAUAGACUUGAUGAGAAGGUUGAGGUCCUUACAAGCAAAAUUAGUUGUAUGGAGUCGACCAUCGAGAAGCUUCAAAUUGUCAUGUCGGAGGAGGAGAGAGAAGCGAAGGAGCAUGACACGUCGAACGCUGCGAAGGAGCCUGACAAUAACAAUCCUGCUGGCCCGGUUAGUACAGAUAACUCUCGCAAAUUCUCUGCUCGUAUUGCUGCAAAACAAACAAUGGAUGAAUCUGAUAAGCUUGAGAAUCCUAAACUCCCUCCCAUUGCGUCCUCUGAGAGUGAGAGUGAGACUCCUGAGGAAGAGAGUUGCGAGAGAGAAUACUUCCCCACCAAGGAAGAGAAGAUUGCUGACCUCAAAAGAAGGCAACCGAAGGACACCGCAAAGGUUAUUGACGCGAAGGCAAGAAAGACAGAAAGACUGAGGACACUUGCACAGACGCAAAAUGGUAUAUAUGUGGGCAGCAGCACGGUCAAGCGAAUGUUCAGUAACAAAGAACCUAGAGGUCGUGGUUAUGAUCCCUUUCGGAAGGCGGAUAAGCAGAUGAAGGAGGUCGUCUUGGAUCAUUACAAGAGUUGUCCUGGACUAGGAAAAAAGAAGACCAUUAAGACCGUUCAUGACUAUCCACUACGCUUUUGGUGGUAUGACCUCCUAAAUCAGAACGAGUGGCUCAUUGACACGCACAUGAACGCUGCUGUCUACUUGCUGAGGACACGAUUGUUGGAUCACCCCGAAUGGUUUAGAAGUGACAGGUUUUGUUUGGUUGACACCACAUUUGGGCAAUAUUGGACGGCGAAGUACGACGAAUUCAAGAUGAUAGAGCCCAACGAACUUGGUGAAGGAAGACCACUGCCAACGCUAUCGUACGAUUACUACAAAGGUGUCUUACCAGAGCCUCGACCGACAAACAAGAUCUGGGGCGUCGACAUCGAUGAAUUGUACAUACCUUUCAACCUGAAUGGUGACCAUUGGGUUGCUCUAUUCGUUUCCUUGCCAAAGAGGCACAUCACCAUAUACGAUAGUAAACCUAGUCACGUGAAGCCGGGUCUUUUGGCUUCUCUAAUAGAACCUGUGACAGUGAUGUUUCCAUAUCUGAUGAGGCAGUUGGCGGAUGAAGACAAAAAGUACGAGUGGACUCUCGAACCGUUCACCUACGACCGUCCUAUCGACCAAGCUUCCGUGCCACAGCAGGCUAAUGGCAGUGACUGUGGAGUGUUCACACUAAAGUUUAUCGAGUGUCACGCCCUUGGUAUUGAGUUUCCUCAGACCUUGUGCCAUAAGAACAUACCAAGCCUUAGGCUGAGGCUUGCAUAUGACCUAUUCGAGGAGACAGGGGUCCGGGGACCAAAGGAGCGAGACUGGUCCGAGUUGGAUUAA